GUAUGGAAAUGUGUUCAAAUCGCACAUAUUCGGCAGCCCCACGAUCGUCUCCACCGACGCGGAAGUCAGCCGCUUCGUCCUCCAAAGCGACGCCCGACUCUUCGUCCCUUCCUAUCCCAAAUCCCUCUCCGAACUAAUGGGCCAAUCCUCCAUCCUCCUCAUCAACGGUUCUCUCCACCGCCGCGUCCACGCCCUCAUCGGCGCCUUCUUCAAAUCCCCGCAACUCAAGUCCCAGAUCACCGCCGACAUGCAGUCUUACGUCCGCCGGUCCAUGGCUAACUGGGCCGACACGGCCCAGCCCAUUCUCAUUCAGAACCAGACCAAGCAUAUUGUGUUCCAGAUCCUUAUCAAGGGGCUUAUCGGCCUCGAGCCGGGCGAGGAGAUGGAUUUUCUUAAGCGGGAGUUUCAGGAAUUUAUUGCGGGAUUGAUGUCUCUCCCCAUCAAGUUACCCGGAACCAGACUUUAUAGAUCCCUCCAAGCGAAGAAGAGGAUGGCGAUGCUUGUGAAGAAGAUUAUUGAGGAUAAGCGGAGGAGGGGGAAGAGAAGGGAGAAUGCUAAUGACGUUAUUGAUGUUCUGAUUAACGAUACCAGCGGUCAGUUGAGCGAUGACUUGAUUUCGGACAAUAUGAUCGAUCUUAUGAUACCCGCGGAGGACUCCGUGCCGUUGCUCGUUACGCUGGCUGUUAAAUAUCUCGGCGAAUGCAGUCCAGCGCUUCGGCAGCUUGAGGAGGAGAACAUGGAGCUCAAGGAAAGGAAAUCUCACCAUGGUCAAGAAUUACAGUGGAAUGACUACAUGUCAUUGUCAUUUACACAAGACGUCAUAACGGAGACCCUAAGGCUAGGAAACAUAAUAGGAGGAAUCAUGCGCAAGGCUGUGAAGGAUGUGGAAGUGAAGGGGCAUUUCAUUCCCAAGGGCUGGUGUGUUUUCACCUACUUCAGGUCAGUUCACCUCGACGAGACAAUCUACGAGGAUCCCCUCAGCUUCAAUCCAUGGAGGUGGAAGGCGAAGGACGUGAGUACUUGCAACUUUACUCCAUUUGGAGGCGGGCAACGGCUUUGCCCCGGGCUUGAUCUGGCCAGGCUGGAAGCUUCCAUAUUUCUCCACCAUUUCGUCACCAGCUUCACGUGGGUGGCGGAGGAGGACCAGGUGGUGAACUUCCCCACGGUCAGGAUGAAGCGAGGGAUGCCCGUACGUGUCACGAGGAGGCAGGAAGCGUGCGAGGGGAUCACUCUCACACGUGUGGAGCUCUAGACCGGGAGGCUAGGCCGGCUCGUUUCCGGCCCAUUUGUGUAUUAUUAUAUAAGUAUACCAGAGAGGGGCUCACUGUGGAAUUAAAGACUUGGGGUGCAUAGGGUUGGGUCAAAGGGGAUCUGAGCCGAUUGACCGGAGAAAGUCUGGCAGCUUUUGGACUUUGAUGGAGCUUCGGAGUUCGUGAGAAGUAAGUACACCGGGUUCUGACGCACCCACGCGUGUGAACCUUUUGGUGUUCGUGGGGCCGCGCGUGUCAGGAUCACCGGGAAGCGUGUGAUGGGGAGCUAGAGAGCAAGCAGGGCCUAGAGGGUGCUUCAUUGGGAAAUGGUUAAAGAGUAUUGGAAGUGGGGGAAAGCUACAUACACUGAAAAUGUGUAAUAUAUUAGCGGGCAGUGCAUACCUCAUGUUAUUAUUAUUUUUUUGUUAUGUUGAUAUUUUGUAAUGUGUAUGGGGUUUUAUGACAAUAUGCCUGACUAGAUUGUAAAUUUGUGAGAAAUAUUGUCGGGGAUAUUGGAUCUAUAAUGGAAGAAUGAACAUUUUGAAUAUAAGAUUCAGUUGUGUGGAGGAAAAAGUGCUUUUUAAAGUAAG